GCAGUGAUAGGUGGCUAGUGAGAGAGAGAGGACGGAAUCCGGAUAGGAUUCCCUUCUCUUCUCUUUCUUUCAUUUUCUCUUUCCAUAGACCACUGCGCUGCCAGGACCAAUGCUCUAGUGAAUAGCGGCAGCUAUGGCAAUAAGCUACACCACUGCGCACGUUAGCAUUAGUCCUUUGAAUCCUUCAGCUUUCCCUUCUCUUAAUCCUCUCUCCGCAAAACCAAGAAAGAACGUCGGUGCAGUGAGGUGCGCAUUGUCCACCUCAGAAUCGAAGAGCAGCAGGCGAUUGGUCUCCAUCUCUCUCCUCCUCUCGCAUCUCUUCUUCGUCCCUAACCAUGCAGUUGCAGAUAGCUUUUUCGAUAAAUAUGUGAAAAAGAAAAAGCUUGACCCGCUUGAGACUUAUGUUCCUGCUGUCAUAUUGACCCAGUUUCAGAUUAAAGACUUGGAGAAAACUUUGGAGGUUGAUCAACCCCAAUUUGCCAACUGUCGAUCUCUGUUACGCACUGGUCCUGCAGCAUCUCUUCGUGUAAAUAUUCGAGCAGUAGCACAAUAUGCCUCUGAUGCUGAAAGUGGCAAAACUGCUUUCAAUGAUGUUGAUCAAUGUCUCAGAGCCUUUGAAGAACUGGAUUCCUUGCUUCUUCAUGCAUCAAGAAAUGAUCCAGCAGCUUCAGUCAAAUCAAUGAAGGCAAAAAUAGUUGUUGCCCUUGAUGCCCUAGACAGCCUCCUCCAGACCGUCCCUCCUGAUGUGUUGGAUAAAGGGAAGCUUAUUGCAGAUGCCUAUAGAAGCCCAGAAGAACCAGAACCUGAAAGCUUUGACCCGGAACUGAAAAAGCUGGAAUCAGUAUUAUGAUAUUAUCUACUAUACUAUAUAUGAUCGUUCCAUGGCCGGAAACUAUAGCUGUAUCUUGUCUGGUCAAGUUGUUUAGAAGGAAAUGAUGUACAUGAGAGUCACACCAAAGCUUGGAAGUACUUGAUCUGUUCUGAAUAAUAGGAUCUCUAUUCUAGCAAGUUCAAAAACAUUGCCAUGCACAGCUGAAAUCAAAUUGAAAGUUGGGAAUCA